GUCUUCCCGACUUCCCCCUCGCACCUUCCUUUUUCUUUUCCAAAUAUUCACAUAAAAGGGGAGAGAAAAAAAGAAACUCUUCCUCAUAAACCGAUAAGGUAUAUAAGUCAUCCUUCAGAACAAUUGUCCCUCCUUGAAUAAGCAAUAAUUUGCUCUUAAAUUUAGCAGAUCGAGGAAGUCCAAGUCUUUGUUAUCAUCUUUUGUGCACAUCAAGUGACUGUUUAAGGUUUGAGCAUCAUCAACAAUAAGCUUCUCUUCUUUCAACGCAAGAUGAUCAGAAUACCGUACAACUUUUGAAGAUUAGUGACAGGCCAAUCGUAGCAAGCGAGAAAAUGGCUUUCUUCUCAGCAAAUUUCAUAUUACAGAACCCUCACCAAGAAGACCACCAUCAGCCUCCACCGUCACUCAACUCAAUUCUGCCUCAAGAUUAUCAUGGAGGAGCGUCGCUUCUAGGGAAGAGAUCUAUGACAUUUUCAGGACUUGAACUUGGUGGUGAAGAAGCAAAUAAUGGUGAUGAAGACUUGUCUGAUGAUGGAUCUCAGGCUGGGGAGAAGAAGAGAAGGCUUAACAUGGAACAAGUGAAAACACUUGAGAAGAGCUUUGAGCUUGGGAACAAGCUUGAGCCUGAGAGAAAAAUGCAGCUGGCUAGAGCUCUUGGUCUGCAGCCUAGGCAGAUUGCUAUAUGGUUCCAGAACAGAAGAGCUAGAUGGAAGACAAAGCAGUUGGAGAAAGAUUACGAUGUUCUCAAAAGGCAAUAUGAAGCUAUCAAAGCAGAUAAUGAUGCCCUUCAAGCUCAAAACCAGCAACUUCAGGCGGAGAUAUUGGCACUGAAAAGCAGAGAAGUGCCAACUGAAUCUAUCAACCUCAAUAAGGAGACUGAGGGAUCUUGUAGCAAUCGGAGUGAGAAUAGCUCGGAUAUUAAGUUGGAUAUCUCAAGAACACCUGCUAUAGACAGUCCUCUAUCCACUCAUCAUCAAAUUACAAGCAGACCCUUAUUCCCAUCAUCGACAUCUAAUUCUGCUAGGCCUUCUUCAGGAGUGGCUCAGUUUUUCCAAACCUCUUCAAGACCAGACCUUCAAUGCCAGAAGAUUGAUCAUAUGGUCAAAGAAGAGAGCUUGACCAACAUGUUUUGUGGGAUUGAUGAUCAAACAGGGUUCUGGCCUUGGUUGGAGCAGCAACAUUUCAACUGAAGAAGAAGCACAGAGAGGGGGUGGGAGAGGGGAGGAGGGAGGCUUCCUAUCAAUUAAAUUACCAUACUUUUGUCAUUUGAGUUCUUAUAUUAAUUAAAACCCAUGUUUUUUAUUACUUGAUGUAUAAAAUAGGGUAUAUCAAGUGGAGUUUUUUUUUUCUUCCCUUUUUGCUUUUGGGGCUUGAAAAAUUUUUACAUGGAAGAAUAAAUUAAGGUCUAGCUGCAGCGA